AUGGAAGACAGAAGCUUUCUUGGGCUUGACUUGAGCACACAACAGCUAAAGGCGGUUGUGGUAAACGACAAUCUCGAAAUUAUCCAUCAAGCAUCAGUCCACUUUGAUUCGGACCUGCCUGAAUUUCGUACCCAAGGUGGUGUCGUUAUUGAUAAAACCUCGCCAAGAUGUAUCACUGCCCCGACGAUAAUGUUUGUGAAAGCGUUGGACAUGCUAAUGGACCGUUUGACUGUCACCGGUGUGGAUUUCUCGAAAAUUGCCGCUGUAUCGGGAAGUGCACAGCAACACGGCUCAGUGUAUUGGCAGAAAGGCGCGGAAAAAAUUCUAAGCAAUCUAAACCCAAGUGAAUUUUUGCAUUUACAAUUAGCAACUAGUUUUGCAAUAAACCAAAGUCCAGUCUGGAUGGACUCCAGCACGACGAAACAGUGCCAACAUUUUGAAAAAUUAGUUGGCGGUCCACAGAAAUUAGCAGAAAUUACUGGAUCCAGAGCGUACGAAAGAUUUACUGGAACCCAAAUAGCCAAACUUGCAAUAAGCAAACCUGAUGCAUUUAAAAUAACAGAGAGAAUUUCCUUAAUAAGCAGUUUUCUUACAUCGCUCUUUCUGGGCAAAAUAGCACCUAUAGACAUAUCAGAUGGUUCCGGCAUGAACCUUUUAAACAUUAACACGAAAAAAUGGGAAAAAGUUUUGUUAGAAGCUUGCGGGCCAAACGCAAUAGACAAAUUGGGCGAAGAAGUUGUCCCUUCAAAUACCAAUUUAGGAAAAAUAUCAAACUAUUAUGUUGAAAGAUACGGUUUUAGUCCUGAAUGCAGGAUUAUUACUGGGACUGGAGAUAACCCCGCAUCUUUAAUGGGUAUGAGACUUCAAGAUGAUUGUGUAGCAGUUAGUCUUGGUACAAGUGAUACAGUAAUUUUAUGGUUAAAUGAACCAAAAGUUGUCCUGGAUGGCCAUAUAUUGUGCAAUCCAGUAAAUCCUGAGGCCUAUAUGGCAUUACUUUGUUUUAAAAAUGGAUCUCGGACAAGAGAAAGAAUUAGGGACAAAUGUGCUGAAGGAUCAUGGGACAUUUUUAACCAAUUACUCGACAGUACACCCAGGGGAAACUUUGGUAAUAUGGCUUUAUAUUAUGAUGUGCAAGAAAUAUUACCAUUCCUACAAGGAGAUCACAGAUACAACAAAUCGGGUCCAGUAAAUAAAUUUACAAGUUUGGAAGUGGAAGUGAGGGCACUUGUUGAAGGACAGUUUAUUGCUAAAAGGGCCUAUGCGGAAGAUUUUGGUUUCAAAGUUGGAAAAAAUACCAAAAUAUUGGCAACAGGUGGUGCAUCAAAUAAUAAAUCCAUCCUGCAAGUUUUAGCAGAUGUUUUUAAUGCUCCUGUCUAUGUUCAGGAGGCAUCUGAUUCAGCCAUGUUGGGCGCAGCGUAUCAAGCUAAACACGGCCUACUUCAAGAUAGCAGCACAUUUACCGAAAUCACAGCUUGCCUUCCUCCGUCCGAAUUAGCCUGUGCACCUUUCAGUGAUGCUGCUGAUAUUUACGAACCCAUGUUGGAAAGGUACAGGAUGAUUAUUAAAAAUCUUGUACCAACUGAAAUACAAUGA